GGUUGACCCGGGCCCUCCUCCACACCCCCUUCCUUCUUCGCCCCCUCCCUCUUUCCUGCACGGGGGCUCUGGCUCACUAUAAAACGUGGGAGCGCGGGGUGCCCCAGCAACGACGAGUUUCAGAACCAUGGAGAGCUCCCGCGUGCGGCUGCUGCCCCUCCUGGGCGUCUCCCUGCUGCUGCUGCUACCUCUGCUGGGUACCCGUGCCCAGGAGGACGCCGAGCUCCAGCCCCGAGCCCUGGACAUCUACUCUGCCGUGGAGGAUGCCUCCCAUGAGAAGGAGCUGAUCGAAGCGCUGCAGGAAGUCUUGAAGAAGCUCAAGAGUAAACGCAUUCCCAUCUAUGAGAAGAAGUAUGGCCAAGUCCCCAUGUGCGACGCCGGUGAGCAAUGUGCAGUGAGGAAAGGGGCAAGGAUCGGAAAGCUAUGUGACUGUCCCCGAGGGACCUCCUGCAAUUCCUUCCUCCUGAAGUGCUUAUGAAGGGGCGUCCAUCCUCCUCCAUACAUCCCUAUCCCUCUACUUUCUCCAGAUGACCACAUCUUCAUCGCUGGAGUUUGGUUUUAGUAACAGAUAAAGUUUUCAUUUUCCUCUGAAGGGAAGGGGCUCUUUACCUGCUGUUUCAAAAAUAAAAACACAUUAGA